GUCUCCUUCCUCCUCUGCCCGUUCCCCUCGCGCGCGCCUUUGCUUCGCAGCCACAGUUUGGGGAUAAUCAUGCUGCCGCCUCCUAUCUCCUCCUCCUCGCUCGCCCCCAUGGCCUCCUCCGCCCCAAUCCCCUCACCCGCCGUCGCCGCCAGGCCCAGCGUCAGACCCCUCGCCGUCGCUCCCUGCAACUCCUCCUCCUCCUCCUCCUCCGGGUCCGCAUCCACGUCUUCGUGCCACGGUGCGCUCCCGGCGGCGCGGGGAAGGAGGGGCGUGCUGGCCGCGGGGUUCCUCGCGUCCGCGGGCGCGCUGCUCGGCGCGGCCGGGAGCGCCGGGGCGACGCGCAUCGAGUACUACGCGACUGUCGGGGAGCGGCUCUGCGACAUGGGCUUCGUCAAGUCCGGGCUCGGCUACUGCGACGUCGCCGUCGGCACCGGCGUGCAGCCCCAGCGCGGCGAGCUCAUCAAUAUACAUUACACUGCGAGGUUCCCCGACGGGACAGUGUUCGACAGCAGCUACAAGCGCGGCCGGCCGCUCACGAUGCGCAUCGGCGCCGGCAAGAUCCUCCGAGGGCUUCAGCAGGGGAUCGGCGGCGGCGGCGGCGUGCCACCCAUGCUCGUCGGUGGGAAGCGUAAGCUUAUGAUUCCUCCGAUUUUGGCGUACGGGCCUGAACCAGCAGGCUGCUUCUCAGGGGACUGCAACAUUCCCGGGAACUCCACGCUCCUAUACGACAUUCUUCUCGUUGGCAUUUACAAGUGAGCGUCAGAUUGACGGCAGUGAAUAUACAAAGCAUUGAACAUAGGUCCAACACCAUACAAAGUUUUUUUGGAACACCAUUGAGUAGGUUCUGGCGGCAGACAAAGAGAAGGAUUCGUAGGUUCUGGUUGGUUGAAAAUUGGAUGGGACACUUCACCAAGGCCCCUCCCUCCGAUUGCAAGACGCAUAAUGCUGCAAUAUAUAGUGCCAAUCUGUACAAAAAGAAUCGAUCAUGAAGGAGGAUGUAAAUAACGUCACUCUGUAAUCUGUAAAGCCGAGUCGUGUUUAUACGUUUGGUGAUUGUCAUUGCCGUAAGGGCCCCUUGUCGUAAAGCCAUGUUUGCUCAAGCAGACCCUUUGUUUAA